CUACGCGAGCCACCGCUCCGUCCCCGUCGCGUGGCAAACGAGCCAAGAGACGCCGAGUGCACCGCGUCCUCCCACGCACGACGGACGCCUCCCCUCAGGAUGCUGCUGCGCCUUCCGUACGCCCGCCCCGCGCCGUCCACAGCACGAUGGAGGCUGGAGCGGGCGCGUGCCCGGCCGGCACAGCUGCUCCGCCGAGGGCACGCCGCCGCUUCCUUGGCCGACGGCGCCGGAGCGCCGCUCCACUACGACCCGUUGGCCGACCUUCUCGGCCCAGAUGUCGGCCCCAGCCCCUCGCAGAAUACUGCCCCGGUUGCAGAGAGGGGGAAGCUGAGGUCCUGGGUUGGUCCAAAUGGGCAAUACUAUCGAGAGCUGCCUUGCCCUAACUGUAGGGGUAGAGGAUACACUCCUUGCAAAAAGUGCGGGAUAGACAGAUCCAGCUUGGAUUGCCCUAUGUGCAAUGGCAAGGGGAUUAGGAUGUGUAUGCAAUGUGGUGGAGAAUGUGUGAUAUGGCAAGAAUCUAUUGAUGAACAACCAUGGGAGGAAGUUCGAUCUAGUUCACCCUUGAAAGUAAAGGAAGAUGAUGAGGUCGACAGACUAGAGAUAAAGAUCGACACCUCAAAAAGACCGAGGCGUACUUAUCCAUCACCAUCCCCAGAAGUUGCCAUGAAGAUUAGCCGAUCUCUAAGAAGUCUGAAUGCUAAAACAGGAUUGUUUACUAAGCACAUGAAGAUUAUACACCAAGACGCCAAAUUGCAUGCUCAAAGAGUUGCUGCGAUUGAGAGAACAAAAGGUACUGCUGCAGCAAGAAAUCAGGCUUCUGAAAAACAAAAGGCAUUCUUCAGGGAUCCUGAGAAUCGGCUCAAGAGAAGCAUUGCCAUGAAAGGAGUGAAAUUUUACUGCAGUAAAUGCGGGCAAGAAGGACACCGAAGCUUCUAUUGCCCAACAGUGAGGGAAAUUUCAGCCAGAGUGCAAUUCAGAUGCCGGUUAUGUGGGGAAAAGGGGCAUAAUAGCCGAACGUGUGGAAACCCAAAGUCAGAGAAUGAACAUCAGCGGCAACCUCGGCAUUGUAGCCUAUGCGGUGAAAAGGGUCACAACCGAAGAAACUGCCCUGGGUCUCCAGAGGCGGAGGUUGGCGCUUCUGGCCAUAUUACUAAGAAAGUUAACCGUCAUAAUUCAGGUGUUUAUUCAUGUAGCUUCUGCAAAGAAAGGGGGCAUAAUAGACGGACAUGUCCGAAGAGAAAUGCUAGCUUAGGAUAAUGAAAAAUAUAUAUCAAGCUGCAUUUCGAUCAUAUGGAACAUCUGCUGAGUAUCACUGCUUAACAGGUCCAGUGAAUGCAGUUACCUAAAGCUA